AUGUAUGAAGAAGACGAUGAGGAUAUUCUGGAAAACCAGGAAAUUUCCAACGAACAAUGGCAGGAAGCCUGUUGGGUCGUCAUCAGUGCCUACUUCGACGAAAAGGGUUUAGUUCGCCAACAGUUAGAUUCUUUCGAUGAAUUUAUUCAAAUGAACGUACAGAGAAUCGUUGAAGAUUCACCAUCAGUCGAACUACAAUCAGAAGCACAACAUUAUUCAGGCGAUUUGGAGAAUCCAACUAAAUUCGCCCUAAAAUUCGACCAAAUUUAUCUUUCAAAACCAACUCACUGGGAAAAAGAUGGUGCUCCUACUCCUAUGAUGCCUAAUGACGCACGCUUGAGAAAUUUGACUUAUUCAUCUCCACUCUAUGUUGAUAUUACAAAACAAGUAACCAGAGAUGGAAACACUGUUGAAAGAAGAUACGAAAAAGUUUUCGUAGGAAAAAUUCCUAUCAUGCUUAGGUCGUCUUAUUGUAUGUUGUCUAAUAUGAGUGAUCGUGAUUUAACUGAAUUGAACGAAUGCCCACUCGAUCCUGGAGGCUACUUUGUUAUUAACGGAUCUGAAAAAGUACUGAUCGCCCAAGAAAAAAUGGCUACUAAUACUGUCUAUGUGUUCUCCAUGAAGGACGGCAAAUAUGCGUUCAAAACUGAAUGUCGUUCCUGCCUUGAAAAUUCCAGUCGUCCAACUUCUACAAUGUGGGUUAACAUGCUUGCUCGUGGUGGUGGAGGAGCUAAAAGGUCGGCAAUGGGACAGCGAAUUAUUGCUAUUCUCCCUUACAUCAAACAGGAAAUACCUGUGAUGAUCGUUUUCCGUGCUCUUGGUUUCGUAUCAGAUCGUGAUAUCCUUGAACAUAUCAUUUAUGAUUUCGACGAUCCUGAAAUAAUGGAAAUGGUUAAACCCUCAUUAGAUGAAGCUUUCGUUAUUCAGGAGCAAAACGUUGCUUUGAACUUCAUUGGAGCUCGUGGAGCUAAGCCUGGAGUUACUAAAGAUCAAAGAAUUAAGUAUGCCAAAGAAAUUCUUCAAAAAGAAUUGCUUCCUCAUGUGGGCGUAAACGACUUUUGUGAAACUAAAAAAGCGUAUUUCAUCGGAUACAUGGUUCAUCGUCUGCUAUUAGCGGCUCUUGGAAGACGAGAACUUGAUGAUCGUGAUCACAUCGGUAACAAAAGAUUAGAUCUGGCUGGUCCAUUGCUGGCUUCGCUCUUCCGAGCUCUCUUCCGUAAUCUUCUGAAAGAAAUGCGUUUGACUGCUCAAAAAUACAUCAACAAGAAUGAUGACUUCACUCUUGAUGUCUGCGUUAAAACGUCCACCAUUACUCGUGGAUUAGCGUACUCCCUAGCUACGGGUAAUUGGGGAGAUCAGAAAAAGGCUCAUCAAUCGAGAGCUGGUGUUUCUCAGGUACUCAAUCGUUUGACAUAUACUGCUACUCUUUCCCAUCUUCGACGUGCUAACUCGCCUAUUGGUAGAGAAGGAAAGUUGGCUAAGCCUCGUCAGCUACAUAACACUCAAUGGGGAAUGGUUUGCCCUGCUGAAACUCCUGAAGGUCAAGCUGUAGGAUUAGUAAAGAAUUUGGCCUUAAUGGCUUAUAUUUCUGUCGGAUCAAUGCCUGAGCCAAUUCUUGAAUUCUUAGAAGAAUGGUCUAUGGAAAAUUUAGAAGAGGUUGCACCAUGUGCCAUUGCUGAUGCUACUAAAAUCUUCGUUAAUGGAGCUUGGGUUGGAGUCCAUAGAGAUCCUGAAAAUUUGAUGGCUACAUUAAAGAAGUUGAGAAGACAAAUUGAUAUCAUCGUUUCUGAGGUAUCUGUCGUCCGAGAUAUUCGUGAUCGUGAAAUCAGAAUCUACACUGACGCUGGGCGAGUUUGUCGUCCUUUGUUAAUUGUUGAGAAUCAGAAACUUGCUUUGAAGAAGCAUCACAUCGACAAGCUUAAGGAACGAGAAUCUGGAAGUAACUUCGGUUGGUCUGAUCUCGUCGGUAGUGGAGUUGUAGAAUUGAUUGAUGCUAUGGAAGAAGAAACCGUCAUGUUGGCUAUGAUGCCGGAAGAUCUCCGCAUUGGUGGCUACUGCGAUACAUACACUCAUUGUGAAAUUCAUCCUGCUAUGAUUUUGGGAGUGUGUGCCUCUAUCAUUCCAUUCCCUGAUCACAAUCAGAGUCCGCGUAAUACUUAUCAAAGUGCUAUGGGUAAACAAGCUAUGGGAGUAUAUACUACGAACUUCCACGUUAGAAUGGAUACCUUGGCUCAUGUGCUAUACUAUCCUCAAAAGCCUCUUGUUACCACGCGUUCUAUGGAGUAUCUACGUUUCAAUGAACUUCCUGCUGGUAUCAACGCUAUUGUCGCCAUCUUGUCAUAUUCUGGAUAUAAUCAAGAAGAUUCUGUUAUUAUGAACAACUCAGCCAUUGAUCGUGGAUUGUUUAGAUCAGUUUUCUAUCGGUCUUAUCGUGACCAAGAAGCUAAUAUCGAUGGAACCAAUGAGGAACUUAUUGAGAAACCAACAAGAGAUAAAUGUUCCGGUAUGAGACAUUCUAUUUACGAUAAGCUCGAUGAUGAUGGAAUCAUUUCUCCUGGAAUGCGUGUCUCUGGAGAUGACGUCAUUAUCGGAAAAACGAUUGCCUUACCCGAAGUGGAAGAUGAUCUCGAUGCUAAUAGUCGUAAAUACACUAAGCGAGACGCAUCGACUUUCUUAAGAAGUUCUGAGACUGGUAUUGUUGAUCAAGUCAUGCUCUCCCUCAAUGCCGAUGGUAAUAAAUUCGUAAAAAUCAGAGUCAGAUCUGUUCGCUUACCACAAAUUGGUGAUAAGUUUGCUUCUCGUCACGGACAGAAGGGUACUAUGGGUAUUAUGUAUAGACAAGAGGAUAUGCCAUUCACUUGCGAAGGUCUCACUCCAGAUAUUAUUAUUAAUCCUCACGCCGUUCCAUCUCGUAUGACAAUUGGUCACUUGAUCGAAUGUUUACAAGGAAAACUAUCGGCAAACAAAGGAGAAAUCGGUGAUGCCACUCCUUUCAAUGACACCGUCAACGUACAGAAAAUCAGUUAUUUGCUUCAAGAAUACGGUUAUCAUCUUCGAGGAAAUGAAGUCAUGUAUAACGGUCACACUGGAACUAAGUUAACCACACAGAUUUUCUUUGGACCAACAUAUUACCAACGUCUUAAGCAUAUGGUCGACGACAAAAUUCACUCUAGAUCUAGAGGUCCAGUUCAAAUGAUGAAUCGCCAGCCUAUGGAAGGUCGUGCAAGAGAUGGAGGUUUACGUUUCGGAGAAAUGGAACGUGAUUGCCAAAUUUCUCAUGGUGCUGCUCAAUUCUUGAGAGAACGAUUAUUCGAGGUCUCCGAUCCAUAUCACGUGUAUGUUUGCAACAAUUGUGGUCUAAUUGUUGUUGCCAACUUGAGAACCAACAGUUUCGAAUGCAAGGCGUGCCGAAAUAAGACCCAAGUAUCAGCAGUUCGCAUUCCUUACGCUUGCAAGUUACUCUUCCAAGAACUCAUGUCUAUGUCUAUUGCUCCUCGAUUAAUGGUUAGCUAA